AUGUCAGCAACUGGCCAACGAACCGAGCGGACAUCAGCCCCAUCCUUCACCACGGUCCGCAACGAUGACACUGCACCAGACCAAAUUUUUGGCAUCGAGCUUGAAUUCCUGUAUAUGUGUCGGAAUAAACGGGAGCCUAUCGGCAUAAUACAUGGAGUGCAAAGCAGUAACAUCGGCGCAAAUGCCGUCCGUGCUGUUCUUAGCGAGGACAUCCGCGGGCAUUGUCGUACUUGCAAGAAUUCGUUCACGUUCAGACUACCUCUCGAUCCUGGGCAUGAAGCCGAACAGUGGCUCGAUGAAUCUAACGAUGAAGAGGGUGAGAACUACAGGCUAUGGAGCGUAACCUCCGAAAGUCUGCAUCCAGAGAAAGAGUCUGACCUGUUAUGUGAGCAUAUCGGGACCAAAUACCUCGUCUCUGGUGUUGAGGUCAAGUCCAGAGUGCUCAGCCUAAGCACAGACAUAAUAAUAUCUGCCCCUGGGUCCAGUCACCAACACCAAAAGUCAGCCCGGGAAGAGAUAUCAGCAGUCCUCCAACACCUUCGAGGUCGAUUAACCUCCUUCGAGAAUGACCAGCAGGAGUCAUACAUAUAUGCAAACGAAGGCUGCGGUCUGCAUGUUCAUGUCGGCAAUUAUGAUCGGUCGUUCGAUGUCGAUACGAUCAAGAAGCUUGUCUGUUUCAACAUCGCUUGUGAAAGACUGAUCGACCAAAUACAUUCGCCGCAUCGGGUUGACGGAUACGAAGCGACCGUCCGUCCGUUGGACUACUCUGGUGACCCAGACUUCACUCGCGAUACCUGGUCCAUGAAUGAUGCGUUCAACAGGCCCCUGUCCUCAGGCUUCUUGUAUCGAGCAUACUGCCGCCGGAGGGCUGAAAAGGACACAUAUUACCAACAUACCGACCAGGCCACGUUGGGGAACCGGUAUACGUUCCCAAGGUCACACCUGCAUGAUAAAACCAUCCAUCUGGCUAGCAUUUCGAAGGGCAUCGACUCGUGGAUGUAUCUGGUAAGAGAGGCGCCUCUCCUGGUUGACAUUAUGCAGAAUCUAUACCCCCUUAAUUCCCGGAACACCAUAGUCAACCUCAAGAAUCUCACGAACCCCUUCAACGUGGCGAAGAAGAAGAAAUUGACUGUCGAGUUCAGACAACAUGCAGGAACCCUUCAGACCGAUCGCGUACUGGCUCAAGUGGACUUUGUAACUCGUAUGGUGAACUUUUGCCAAAUUAGUAGCUGGAUUGAUGUGCGCAAUCUCAUCGACUCAGACGGACCGCUGCGGCAAGCUGAUGCCACCAUCCUUCUACUCUGUACCACUAUUGGUUUCAGCAGGACCACGCUGAGCUACUACACCGACUGUUCGAACCAAAGCUACACAAAAGCGAUUCGACAUCAGGAAUGCAAGCAGGCCCAAAAAGCCAGUAAAGCCGGAAAUCUGCUGGCGGACGUGGCUGUCAACGCUAUCGAACAGGAGCGGACACACCUAGAUCCUUCAAACAGGCGGCAAGCCGUUGCAGAGAAGCUUCAAUUCGGUGGGUACGGGCUCUUCCCUCGAGAUCUUGCGAAGCAGCUGCUCGGUCCAAAGGCAGACGACGCUGUGGUCGAACGUAUCACUCUGGGCUUCGACAGCGAGAUCCAGCCAAAUCGCCGAAACUAUAGCCCAUCGGCUUACGCGUUCUCGAAGAAGUAUUCCGUACCUUCGGCCGGCAGCUCUUUGACGACUUCACCACUCAUCAGCCCUGGCAGCGGCACUUCCGAGUCCCGUGGCAGACAGCAUGAACGUGGUAUAGAGAGGAAUUCCAGCAGCUCACCGUUGGCAUUGUCGGGAGUCUCAAAGGAAGAGCAGACGCCAGGUCGCCAUAUCUCACCUGCCGCUGGCCUACCUGAUCGUUCUCGGAAGUCUCUAGGUGAAUGA